AUGGACGAUGAUCUCCUAAGCCUUGCUAGAAAGGGAAUACCGGUACCAGCUCGGAAGCGAAUUUUAAAAGCUGGCUUGCGAGGCAUUGCUGAGCUACAUGGCCGUGAUAUUGUUCAUUUAGAUAUCAAGCCAGACAAUAUCAUGGUCAACUACCGUGACACUGGUCCAGAGAUGGCCGUCGAGCAGGUCAAGCUUAUUGAUCUUGAAAAUGCAGCCUAUCUUCCCAAAGGGAGAUGUAUCAAAGGAAUGUUGGCGGGUAAUGACAGCUGGCGGAGCCCUGAAGCUCAUUUGAAAGGCGAACUCAAUAAACCCUCUGAUAUAUUUUCCUUUGCAGCUGUGUGCAUCUAUGCCAUGCUUGGAAAAGUGAUUUUCGGUGCUGACGAAGAUUUGCGCAAACAUGAAGCACAGGGCGCAUUCCCUUAUGUUAUCCGUUUGCAGCGUCAAGUUUCAUAUUUUGGGGAUCGAAAGGGAUUCAAUGGGCUCCUAACACAUAUCGGAGACGAUGAAAUCAACUGCAAGGUCCUUGGAUUCCUGUGGGAGGAUCGAGUGGCUGACUACCACCCUUACAAGCCUUUCUCUGAAUGGCCAGGCGUCACCGAUGAUGUUCAGUUCAAGGAUGUUAUCUCGAAGAUGACAAACUUGGACCCCGGACAACGGGUGACGGCACAUGAGGCGUUGGAUCAUCCCUGGUUUUCAGGCUCUGAAAUUGGUUGA